AUGUGGUUAGAAGAGUUUCCGACGUGGAUUGGGUGCCUUUUUUUACUGAAACGCUUCCUUCUUUCAUGUCUGCCCAUGUUCGUGUCUACCGAAAUAUGCUGGACAGAAAGGCAGCCUAUCCUGACAGAGGUAUUUGUCAUAUUACCUAGUAAAACUGAAGAUUAUGCGAAAUUAUUUUUUGAUGUUGAGGCUGAGACAGAGAAAAGUGUAUGUCACGAAGAAAUCUGUAAUUCUGAAGAUCGAGAAAAAGACCAUCUUCGUUUGCUAAGUGAUAUGUUUUUUAUUCUUUGUUACUCCUGCUGA